AGGCCAUUUAAGACAUCAAACUCUGUGUUCAUCAUCAAAAUAAUAAAACACAAAAAACCACUCAAAAAUUCUCCUGUUCCCUCCUAAAACUAAAGUAAUCAAGUGAAUGAUCAUCUCUGUUGAUUUGGACACUUUCCUGACACAGUUAUUAACUCUUUAGCCCAUUGUGCUUAAACCAUGCAUUCCUAAGCCCUUUCAAGACAUCAAAACUCAAGCUUUUUUAGCAAUAACAAAUUCUCACUUAAGUACUUCAAAACAUCUCAUAUUCCCGCCAAAUACUAAAAAUACCAACAGAAUGAUCAACUUUGGUGACUUGUACAGUGUUCUUACAGCCGUAGUACCUCUAUACGUCACCAUGUUUUUGGCUUAUGCGUCUGUAAAAUGGAAUAUUUUCUCACCACAGCAAUGUGGGGGAAUCAAUAGAUUUGUAGCCAUCUUUGCCGUCCCUCUAUUGUCUUUUGAGUUCAUUUCAAGAAUCAAUCCUUACAAAAUGAACCUAAAAUUCAUAGCAGCCGACUGUGUUUCAAAGAUUUUGACGCUAAUAGUAUUGUUUCUUUGGACAAACUUGUCUAAAAAAGGAACCUUAGAUUGGGCUAUCACCAUAUUUUCACUUUCGACACUCCCAAACACACUUGUUAUGGGAAUCCCACUUUUGAAAUCCAUGUAUGGUGAUGAUAAAGAAUCAAUCAUGGUACAAGCGAUUGUGUUGCAGUGUAUAAUAUGGUACACAUUGCUUUUGUUCUUGUUUGAGUAUAGAGAAGCUAAGAAUUUGAUAAUGGUUACAUAUGAAAAAAAUAGUAGUGAUAGUAGUAUUAGUGGGAAUGAUGAAAGUUUUCAGGAAGUUCAAGAAAGGAUGGAGAGGAGUACCUGUAAUGGAGAUGAUAUCGUUAAUGUGAUGCUUUCCAUGCCUUCUAAUCCACACAUACUUCAGAGUUUCAAUAGGGUAGCACCUGCAAUUGCAACUGCAGUUGAAGAUUAUAAAAGAGGGUUACAUCUGUUCAUUUGGAGAUGCAGAUGUUGCACUUCUCCAGGUGUACGUGAGCCGUCAGUAGAAGUAUGCAACAUAGAGAAUGAGAAAGCGGAGAGCGUUGAUGAACCGAACAUAAUACAGUCUCCAGGAUCACCAGAGAUGUUAAAGAAAAUCUUGAAAAUGGUAUGCUUUAAGUUAUUGAAAAACCCGAAUUCAUAUGCAAGCAUACUUGGUCUGAGCUGGGCUCUGGCUUCUUGCAGAUGGGGAAUAAAGAAACCACAGAUUCUCGAAAAUUCAGUUACCAUUCUCUCAGAUACAGGCCUAGGAAUGGCUAUGUUUAGUCUAGGUCUGUUCAUGGCUUCACAACCAAAGCUUAUAGCCUGUGGGAACAGAUUAGCAGUGUAUGGAAUGGUUGCCAGGUUUGUAGCUGGACCGGCUGUGAUGGCAAUUUCUUCUAUAGCUGUAGGUCUAAAAGGCACCAUUCUACAAGUUUCUAUUGUACAAGCUUCAUUACCACAAGGUAUUGUGCCUUUUGUGUUCGCCCGAGAGUACAAUCUGCAUCCAGAUGUUUUGAGCACUGCGGUGAUAUUUGGAAUGAUUAUCUCUUUACCUAUCACAAUGCUGUAUUACAUAUUACUAGGACUCUAAGUAAAGCAAACAUGAGAAAACUGAAAUGGAGGAAGAACUGAUCCAUGAGUUCUCAUCAACAUAUCAAGAGAAAGGCAUAUAAUCUCUAAAUAUGUGAAACAAAGUAUUUUAAAUGUCUUGGUAGUAUGAGUAGCACAAUGUCUUAGUGCCGGGGGCUAUUGUUCUACGGUUUACACUAAUUCGCUAACGUUGUUGUACUAGUUAGUUAUCACUGUAUGCUCUUUGGCAACAAAACUGAAUUAUAUAGUCAUUUGGGUCCAUAUGGUAACUGUAACUUAUUUCUCUAUAUUCUAAAUUGACCGCUGAUUGAAAUGA